AUGAGGCCGAUACUGAAAUAUUACAACCCACCAGUGGCCUUUGAAUGGCAAAUUCUGACGACGGGGCCCUUGACUUUUGAACAGAACAUGAUGCCGGAAGUGGAAGCGGUGGCGGUGGCCCUUGUUCGAUUGGGCCACCGCCGCCGCCUCCAAUUCCGGCAUCCUGUUUUGUUCAAAAGCCCUUCCGUUGGUGUUUGCCGUUCAAGGGCCACCGCUUUCACCUCCAGCAUCCUUUCCUGUUCAAAGGCUACCGACCCCACCGUCGCAAUUGGCUGCUCAAAGGCCAUAAGUAAUUCGCUCUCAUCUCUAAUCUGCAGUUACAACCGCAAGACCGACUGA